CUCCCUCACCGGACUCAAACUUUUACAAGCAUCAACGGGCCGAUAGGCGGCCUACGCAUCUACGACCGGCACCCUGAGCCACGAUUUGAGCCGCAGUGACAUCGUCAACUGGAUUAUGACAGAUGUCAGUGACGGACAGACAAGGCGUAUGCCGCCGCGGUCUCACUCCAAUUUCGCAGCAAGAACAGCGACUGAUGCUUCUGCACGGCUGCAUCGACGCUCAUUUGCACAAAACUCACCUCCACCCACUGAGAGGACUCCACUGCUGGAUGGCACCGCCGAGGACUCGACUGCUCAAGGGGAAGAUCAUGGUGUCGAAUGGUUAAGGAGCUGGUUCUGCAACGCCGUCCACCUACCACGGUCAAAGUCGAAUUCGAGCACCCACGAUGGCAAUCGCCGAGCUACUAGCGAGGAGGUUUCGAAACCGAGGCCAGGCGCAUUCCCUCGACCUGUGGGGGGGACCGAGAAGCUAGGUACCUUCGCUGGUGUUUUUGUGCCUGUCACACUCAAUGUGUUGAGUAUCUUGAUGUUUUUGCGAUUUGGCUUCAUCUUGGGACAGGCAGGCGUAGUAGGCAUGAUGGGCAUGCUUGUGGCUGGCUAUGCCAUCAAUCUUCUCACCACCAUGUCCAUUUCUGCAAUCGCUACCAAUGGCACUGUAAGAGGUGGAGGAGCAUACUAUCUGAUUUCCCGCAGUCUCGGUCCUGAGUUCGGUGGAUCUAUUGGCAUUGUGUUCUAUCUUGGACUUGUGUUCAACACCAGUCUAAACGCCGUCGGGCUGAUCGACUGCUCCAUUGAGAACUUCGGCAGUCGUACCGGGUCCAUGUCUCAGUGGAUGCCUCAGAGCUACUGGUGGCAGUUCCUCUGGGCAACAGUGGUGCUCCUGUUAUGCACAAUUAUCUGCUUGGCGGGCAGUGGGCUAUUUGCACGCUGCAGCAAUGGCUUACUGGUUGUAUUGUUGGUUGCCAUCAUCAGCAUACCCGUCUCAACGGUGUUCAAAGACCCCUAUGUGGACGACAAGCACGGCAUCGUUUUCACUGCCUUCAAUUUUGACACACUACGCGAGAACAUGAUGCCCCGCUUCACCAAAGGUGCCGCUGGUAGUGUGACUAAGCACCGCGAAAGCUUCCAGGACUUAUUUGGCAUCCUCUUUCCUGCAACAGGAGGGAUCUUGGCUGGGGCCAGCAUGUCUGGAGAUCUUAAGCAUCCCUCGAAAGCCAUCCCAAAGGGAACCUUGUAUGGACUAGGAUUGACAUUCAUUCUGUACACCAUAGUAAUUGUCGCCAUGGCAGCUUCAAUCGGACGGGAAUCCCUGUACAACAACACCAAUGUCAUACAGCUCACCAACUUGUCUGGCGUUGUCAUCCUGCUCGGAGAAUACGCAACCUCACUAUUCUCGGUCCUCAUGGGCGUCAUAGGCUCCGCCAAACUACUUCAAGCGCUUGCGCGCGACCAUCUGGUACCCGGAUUGUCCAUCUUCGGUCAGGGCACCAAAACGAAAGACGAACCGAUUUACGCAAUCAUCUUCACAUACGUCCUUGCGCAGCUCACUAUGUUUGCGGACAUCAACCAGAUCGCCUCUUUCAUCACGAUGACAUAUCUUAUGACCUUCCUCGUCACCAACCUCGCCUGUUUCUUACUGAAGAUAGGUUCAGCUCCGAACUUCAGACCUUCCUUUCAUUUUUUCAACUGGCAAACGGCCGCAGUAGGCACAAUAGUGUGUGGGGCAACUAUGUUCUUCGUGGAUGGUUUCUACGCCUCCGGUUGUGUCGCGUUACUGCUGGCCGUGUUCAUCCUCAUUCACUACACGACACCUCCAAAGCCAUGGGGUGACGUCAGCCAGGGCCUCAUCUACCACCAAGUUCGAAAGUACCUCCUUCGCCUCCGGCAGGAACAUGUCAAGUUUUGGAGACCGCAGAUCCUCCUGUUGGUGAACGAUCCACGGCGUCAGUACAAGCUCAUCCAGUUUUGCAACUCACUCAAGAAAGGUGGUUUGUUCGUACUUGGGCACGUCAUCGUAUCUCAGGAUUUCGGCGCAGCUGUACCUGAGGCGAGGCGACAGCAGUCACUGUGGACUAAGUACAUCGACUUCUCGAAGAUCAAAGCCUUCGUUAACGUCGCCAUCUCGCCCGCGGUGGAAUGGGGGGCUCGUAACCUUGUUCUCAGUGCAGGCUUGGGUGGUAUGAGACCGAACAUUGUGGUCAUGGGCUCUUACAAUCUUACUGAGCUCAGAGAUUCGCAGCCUAGCCUAGGGAUUCCAUCACCCCAGCCGUCACGACCAUCGAGCAAAUCUACGAACCAUUCGAUCUCUCGCAAGGCGAUACAAGCAGCAGCUAGACGCAAGCAAUCGGACAAACUCAAUGGGAUUCUGCCCACUGACACUAUCAGACCUGAGGGUUCGGUGGGAAUUCAGAGCUACGUUACCACGAUCGAAGAUCUUGUGCUCAGGUUACAGAUGAAUGUUGCUAUUGCGAAAGGCUUCAAGGACUUGGAAGUACCACCCGCUCGACCGCCAAUCAUGAAGCGCGCGCUUAGUCAAUGGGGUCUUGCCGACGUUGAGGUCGAUGAGUCAACGAAGACAUACAUCGACCUUUGGCCAAUUCAGAUGUCAGCAGAGGUCGCAACUGCAGGCGACGAUCACAGUCGUAAGAACGUCUUGACCACUAAUUUUGACACGUACACCCUCAUCCUCCAAUUGGGGUGUAUCCUGCACACUGUCCCAUCCUGGAAGCGAUCGUAUAAGCUGAGGAUAUGCGUAUUCGUCGAAUAUGAGGCAGACGUUGACGAAGAGCGAGGACGAGUCACUACGCUGUUACGCAACCUGCGAAUCGAAGCAGAAAUUGUUGUGCUUUGGCUAGCAAGCGGCGACUUACGUAUGUACGAGGUCAUUGUCAACGGACAAGAUGAAGGCGACUUCGAACAGGCAGCCAAAGACGUUGAUUUCUCCCUGGAAGAUGAGCGUUGGUGGCAAGACAUCAAAAGACUGCGUCAACCAAACUCUAUGAGCGCAAGUCAAGAGCUCGCACAGACCACAGAUCUCCUCGAAGCCGUCUAUCAAUGGCCGAUGGCCUCUUUCCAACAUGGCAGACGUGACACAAAACCGAAACGGUUCGCCGCAUUACAGAAGAUGCUCCGGUCGGCCAAUAGUAGGCAAUCUGUUGACGACAUCAGAGAGACUGGUCCCAACGUUGGUAUGCGCAGUCAGACAUUGUCCGCUGAUCUUCUGCUUGGAGAUGACAGUGACUCUAAUACGGCUGCCAGCGAUGACGAUGAGGUCGAUGACGAAGCUGUGGUCACGGAGAGCGAGGCAGGCGUAAGUGGCAGCAACUUUGACGAAUACGAUCUUGACGCCUCGGAGGACGAGAGCGACUUCUCAGACGCCCAUAGACCACGCUCACUCGGAAGGCCGAAGACUACGCCAUCAGGAGUGGGAAUACCUUUCUUCUCUAAGAAACUCGAUCUUCGCAAAGCUAUUUGGAAAGGUUCACCUAAAGACGCUUCACCAAGAAACAACCGCCCGACAAGCGACUCCGUCACACCACUCAAGCCGCACCCCAAAGCUGCUGCCUCGGACACUGCUAUCCUCCACACCACGCAUCGCAACAGAAAAGCCACGAGUGCGGCAAGCAGCACGUCUCAACUCUCCACAUCUCAACUCUCUUCCUCAUCCCGAGCGCCUCCAAUAAUCCGAGACCCCGAAUCCCUUCCCAAAUUCUCUUCAAAGCCCGUCCCCCGAACAGCAAUCGCUCAAACAGAAGCCCCCGGACCCUCCAUCAUGUUCGUCGACACCCCAGCUGCAGUGCGCCACCAAGACCCCCUCGCAACGGCAACACUUCCGCCGGACAGUCCCACACCCUCGCCCUCACAGUUCGUAUCCUCCAUGCAACACUCCCCCGCACUAUCACCCUCGCCUGCCACCCAACACAGCACCCGCGCCACUGCAUCACCCGCUUCAGGCUACCCAGCUUCAGGAUACCUGACAUCUGCAUCACCAGCGUCGGGCUUCCCCGCUCAACAGUCGAUACCACUGUCAUUCAACGACCUGCCGUGCCGCGCGCAGCAUCUCAUUCUUAAUGAGCUUAUUAAAAGCCAGAGCGAGGAUACGGCGGUGGUGUUUACGACGCUGCCGAGUCCGAUGGAGGGCACGUGUAAGAGCGAGAGCGAGAGCGUCAAGUAUGUGAGUGAUCUGGAGGUGCUGACGGAGGGGUUGGGACCGGUGUUGUUGGUGAGUGGGGGGACUAUGACUGUGACUAUGAAUCUGUAGUCGCUGGAACGAAAACCUGGGCAAGCAUGAGUGCUGCUCAUAAGAGCUACCACCGGUUUCUUGCAGCGUAGAGUCCUUAUUGUGAAGCGCUUUGGACUGGU